CAGCCACACCGAUUGGGUCACGUGAUCUGUUCAGACCUGCGUCCCUGGGCAUCUGCAAAAUGGAGGACCGUGGCGCUAAAGAGCCCGAACAGCUCAGAAAGCUGUUCAUUGGAGGUCUGAGCUUUGAAACUACGGAGGAGAGUUUACGGGCCCAUUUUGAACAAUGGGGUACCCUUACAGAUUGUGUGGUAAUGAGGGAUCCCAACAGCAAGCGGUCAAGAGGGUUUGGCUUUGUAACAUACUCUUCUGUGAGGGAAGUCGAUGAGGCAAUGAAAGCGAGACCUCAUAAAGUAGAUGGCCGAGUUGUUGAGCCUAAGAGGGCCGUGUCCAGAGAGGAUUCCAAUAAACCGGGUGCCCAUCUGACAGUGAAGAAGAUCUUUGUUGGUGGCAUCAAAGAAGAUACUGAGGAGUACCACAUUCGGGAGUAUUUUGAGAAAUAUGGAAAGAUCGAAUGCAUUGACAUCAUGGAGGAACGUUCCACAGGGAAGAAGAGAGGAUUCUGCUUUGUCACCUUUGAUGACCAUGACACUGUAGACAAAAUUGUUGCCCAGAAAUUCCACACAAUCAACUUCCACAAUUGUGAGGUCAGAAAAGCUCUUUCAAAACAGGAAAUGAGUGCCAUAUCCAAUAACAGGGGCAGGAGCGGCGGAUCAGGAAAUUUUAUGGGCAGAGGUGGGAAUUUUGGAGGCAGUGGCAACUUUGGCAGAGGUGGCUAUGGUGGAGGAAGGGGCGGAUAUGGUGAUGAUUUUGACAAUGGUCCUGGAGGAAAUUAUGGGGGCGGGCCAGGCUAUGGAGGUGGCCGAGGGGGAUAUGGAGGUGGGGGUCCAGGGUAUGGCAACCAGGGUGGAGGAUUUGGUGGCAACUGUGAUGGAGGUUAUGGAGGUAAUGGUGGAGGAUAUGGAGGUGGUGGAAAUUACAAUGACUUUGGAAACUAUGGUGGACAGCAGUCCAGUUAUGGGCCAAUGAAGGGAAACAGCUUUGGAGGCAGAAACUCAGGUGGACCAUAUGGUGGUGGCUACGGCUCUGGUGGCGGCAGCGGCAGCUACGGCUCACGGCGAUAUUAAUUAUUUAAUGUUUUGAUGUGGAAAGAGGCAUUCUCUUCUUGCUGAAAAUCUGUAAAGACCUGAUAACAUGGAAGGUUCUGGAUGGGUAAGAUGUUUUUUUUUUUUUUUUAAAUAUUAUCCCAGGCUGCUCAUGUUUUAAUCUGAUGCUGAUUACACAAGGCGCAAAACAAAAGGGUGUUUUAAGAUAAAAAAAAGCAGGUUGUAUUUGUCUACUUCGAGCAGAAUCACCAUGUCUCCUUCACCUACUGCUCAGAAUACUAUGAACGUUAAUGCUCUUCAUGCUUAUCAGCUUGUUUUUUUUAAAGUUCAAAUGAAUUGGAUGGUGAGUGAACACUUGCCAAAGCAAAGAUUAUCAUGCAGUCCAAAAAAGGAAGAGGAAAAACAAAGUCGCUUAAUUUUCCUGGACAUUUUUUUUUUUAUAAGUUACUUUCAGCUGCGGCCUUAUUCACGAGGAGUCACUAUGGCAGGUAGCUCUGCAAAUGUGGCAGAUUUUGAUUUUUACACCCGAUCCACUUUCUGACAUAACCCCCAAGGGAUUUGUGUCUCCUCCCAGGAUCGAACCAGGUGAAUGUAUAAACCACUACAUUACAGAGCUGCUAUUUUUAGUUGCUAUUGCAAUAGGUGCAAAAAGAAUUGAGUCAGAAAAGCAACAAUUAUAAAAAUGGAUAUCCGUUCAUGCAGUAUUCAAAUAUGACUUAUUAAGUAAGCACUUUUAACUCAAGGUGUCUUUAUCACGGCUACAGCUGUUUACUGUAUGAAGCAGACUUGUGUGGAUUUUUCUUUUUUUUAAGUCUGGCAAUAAAAACUUUAGUUAGCAGGUUUUCUUUAAAAAAAGGGGGGGGGGGGGGGGCAAAACUAACAGAACUCCAGGAAUGUCACAGAAGUAUCUUUAAGAAGAGAUGUAACCAAUUGCUGGUGUAAGGGAAGUUAAAUAAACAUCAUCAACAGGGGUCAGAGGCAUUAAUAACAUUAAAUAUGAGUAUUCUCAAAUAUUAGUGUAAUGCAUAAAAGCAUAGAUGAAUUUUACAGUGCAGUCAAUAAGUCAGGGGACUUUUAUAAAGUUUCCCUAAAUAUAGCAAAUCCUCCUACAGCACAUGUAAACUGUCGUAUUCGGCACUGACGAAUGAUUUGUCAUCAAGUGUAUAAAAAUAACGUUAACAUUUUGAAAUGUUUUUAAUCUAUUUUUGUUCUACGUUUAUCCAUGUUUUGUUUUUUUAAAUGAUAUUUUACCUUUGGUCAUAUUUCAUCUAGAUGGACAAAGUUUAGAUGAUAAAUGCUUAGAUUUCACAUCCUGUAGGUCUAAAGUACUCAGUAUAAAAAAAAACCCAGCAGUGCCUGCUGUUACCCUCUCCUUUCAGGAUAUUAUCUUUGCAGAGGAAUGUAAGAUAAGUGACUUCAUGUCAGGAGAACUUGCUUAGUAAUGGUACACCAGCAAACCAUUUUGUUUUCUAAACAGAGUAUGUAUUUGUGUGACUUGUGUUUUCAAAUAAAAGCUUUUUCCAUGA